UGGAGAAUAUGAGGAAAAUGUGAGCAGGUGUGGCUUGGAGUCUGGCUGGGAAGUGAGCCAAAUGGUUUGUUUAAAGAAAAUGCAAGUAAAAAGGAACAGGCGGAAUGGUAGAUCAGUAUCUUGGUCAGAAACAGAUCGCUCUGGGAAUAUCUAACAUCAUUCUGAAACCACGCUGAAUUGAUGCACAACGAAAGAAAGUUAAAAUGUGUGGAGUGAAAUGCAUCACUUUUUCGCUGUGGAUUAAUAUUCUCAGUGUAAUAACAGAAAUUCCCGCUUUUGAACUAGAAUUAACGCCACAAAAAUCAGUAAUUCAUAUUGGUAAGGAUUUGGAGCUGAUCUGUCGCGUAAAUGAAUGUCCGGGUAAUGUGACCUUUCAGUGGAAUGCAUUAAUGGACAAAUAUCUCGUUGGAGCUUAUAAAUAUGAGCAUACUGUUUCCACCCUGCUGACCAGAACAGUUAAUGAUAUUGGAAUCGUGUGUAUAGCUCUCUGUGAUGGAAAACGAAAAGAGAAAACGUCACAAAUACGCGUGUUCUCUAUGAUCUAAUCAAGGAGUUGAAAGGGGAAAAAAAGUGUCAAUUACUUGGAUAACUUGGAUGUAUUGUUUGCAGCACUUCCACAAGAUCCUGUACUGCCCGAAAUAAAGAGUUUGAUAGAAAACCAAACACAGAUGCUCAGCUGUAGAGUCCACAACGUUUACCCUUUGGAGUGGUUAAAAAUUGAGUGGCUUCGUGGAGAUAAGACACUCUUUGUGGAUGUACCUGAUAACGUAAAUUAUGAUAUUGUUCAGAAUUAUACCUCUGGGUUCAAUUACACACCUUCUGUUUUGGAUCUGGGCAAGAAUAUCAGUUGCAAGGCAACAAUGAGUUUCACUGAAUAUGGAUUCAAAGAAACUCGUAAUUCGAAUGCUGAAUAUGGUCCAGGGACUAUCACAACUUCCAGUAAUAAUCCCUCAGUAAAGCUUGGUGAACAUUUGAAGAUAACAUGUCAUGCAGAUGGAAAUCCCAAACCAACAAUCUUAUGGUUUAAAGAGGAGACUGAACCUGCACUUCAGAGCCAGAAUGAAGAGCUAAUAAUAAAUAAUGCUUCCUGGUCUCAGGCAGGUUGGUACCGCUGUAAUGCGAGCAAUGCAGUGGGAAGCCUGCAAAUGAGGAUAAAAGUCACUGUUCUAGGUCCUCCAAACAUCCCCAAAAUCCAGCUAAGCCAUAGAGAAGACCCCAAAGAAGGAGAGAACAUAACCAUAUUGUGUUCUUCAGAUGAUGGGUCAACAGAACUCACUCUGUAUAGACAGUCUCAGAGUACUGAGUCAGAAGCUAAGAACAAAUCAGCUGUGCUUUUAAAAAUCCCAUCAGUCAAAAUAACAGACGCAGGGAUUUAUGUUUGUGAAGCAAAAAAUGACUUUGGCAGUGAGAGAAGCACAAUUAACAUUACAGUCGCAGCACAGCACAAUGUCAUGAAAAUGCCAGACCUGCCCGUAGUCAUACUGCCCACUGCAGGGUCAGUGUCACUGCUGACUAUCGCUGGGCUGCUGAUCCGAUACUGCAGAAAGAAAGCCAGAGGCAACUCCAGUAACAUCAUACUCAGCUAAACAGAUGAAGAGCACACCAACUAAAUGAAGCAUUUUUCUGCUGAAAGGAACAUUCACCUGGACAUUAUCUAUACUGCAAAUAUCUCAUGGACAGGUGAAUACAAAGCUGGACUGUGUUUUCUGUAUUUCUUUAGUAAUUUUGUGACUACCAGUGUAUUUCCUUAUAAGAUUGAUAUUUGAUAUUUGAAUCUCUAAAUGCAAUGUAUAUAGAGGUCCCCAAAAAGUUUUUACACAAAACUUAAAAAUGUCUUAAAGUCACUGCAUUAGAUACAAAACAUCAAACCAAUCGGCAUCUGCAAACAAAUGAAACAAAUUUUGAAACCAAAUUUUGCAGUAAUGCUAUAUCUCUUUAAAAUAAAUGUAACUUACACCGGACACGGCAGUCGUCGCACCAUGUUGCGAAACAGCGACAGUGACAUGAUCCCAUUCAUUUCAAUAGAGAGCUGGCGGUUUUCGGUGACACAAGCGACAGUGACUGUUGGCGAAAGGAUGUAGGAGUGUCCAAUGACACAAGAAAAUUGAAAUGUUUAACUUUAUGCAAAUAAAGAGCGACUUUUGGAAGAGACAACCAAUAGAAGUGAAGUCAGUGGAGCGCACGCGAUCCGUCACAACAUCUUGUAGUGGAGCUUGUCGAGGCAAGAUGGCGAAGAAGUUAUUUUAGCUGUCAGCAACUUUCCUAUAUUUUAUUAUAUGUCUCUGUGUACAUCUAGUGGUUAACUUGCCAUGCUGACUCACAGCCUGCAUGGUUUUGUUCAUCUUUCAUAUUAAGCAUUUUAUGUAUUUAGUCCGUUUAUAUUUAGUCUGUAUGUUUAUUUGUAGCGUCAUGAAAACUGAUUUGUUGUCUACAACAUGGAAUUACAUGCAUGAAUGUCAUUCACAAACAUUACUAGGCAACUAGUAGUGGAAACACCCACUAGUGAUCUCACCGCCAGCUACUGGCAAUAUGAAGCGACAAAGUCGCUAGCAGAGUGAACACAACUUGAGGCUUUCUACACUGGAUGUGACAAAAUGCCUGUUCUAUUUGUUCUUUGUGUCAGAAGUACUGCGAGCACUUGGAGUGCGUCAGAAAUGGAAUGGGGCAUGAGUUUGCUGUUGGGAAUUUUUCGUGUCGUGUCGCAUCCAGUGUAGACAGCAUCACUGAUUAUAAUGGGUUCUAUUUGCUUUUGUCACGUCGCGCCAUUCUUUUCUGGUGUAGGCAUAGUAUAAUAUAAUAUAAAUACAUUUGUAAUGUGUCCUAAGCAUCCAGAUACUUUUUUUGGGCCACCGUAUGACAUUCUGCAUUACAGUGUAUUAUUUACAUGAGUAAGUUCUGAGUGAUAUUAAUAAAUAACAUUUUUCUAUCUUUA